AUGCCUCCCAAAAUGGCGUCCGUGAGGUUUACUGUAACCCCGACCAAGAUGGAUGAUCUAGGUGGUGUAUCGGAUACCAGUCCAGAUCUCAGCUCCUCUUCUCGAGUCCGAUUCAGCUCAAGGGACAGCGUUCGUGAUGCUAGUCGAAGUGAUGGGUACAGUGAUAGCUCUUUAGCCACCACUGCUGUGGAUCCAAAUAGUGAAAGGACAACAAACCCAAUGGACAGUGGUGAAGAUCGAAGCCAGACAUCAGUAACAGAGGAAAACAGCAAGCUUCUAGAGAUUGACCGCAGAAAGAACUCCGCUCUGUACCAGAAUCACAAUGAAGAGGGGGAAGAUUCGUAUGACAGAAAUCUGGCUUUGUUUGAGGAAGAGAUGGACACACGGCCCAAAGUUUCCUCCCUCUUAAACCGUCUGGCCAAUUACACAAACCUCCCCCAAGGUGCAAAAGAACAUGAGGAGGAGAGCGAGGGCAAGAAAAAGCAAACUAAGGCACCUCGAAUGGGAACAAUUAUGGGGGUGUACCUUCCGUGCUUACAAAACAUUUUUGGUGUUAUCUUGUUUCUUCGUCUCCCUUGGGUAGUGGGGACUGCUGGGAUACUACAUGCCUUCUGCAUUGUAUUUUCCUGCUGCUGCUGUACCUUGCUUACAGCAAUCUCAAUGAGUGCUAUAGCGACCAAUGGGGUAGUACCAGCGGGUGGUUCGUAUUUUAUGAUUUCCCGGGCACUUGGCCCUGAAUUUGGAGGUGCAGUUGGUCUCUGCUUUUACCUUGGAACAACCUUUGCUACGGCUAUGUAUAUCCUUGGAGCAAUUGAGAUAUUCCUGGUAUACAUUGCUCCUGACGCUGUCAUUUUUAGAGGUGAAGGUGCGGCGGAGAACUCGGCAGCAAUGCUGAAUAACAUGCGUGUUUAUGGCACAGUAUUUCUCAUUCUUAUGUCGGUCAUUGUUUUUGUUGGAGUACGCUAUGUGAAUAAGUUGGCAUCACUCUUCCUGGCCUGCGUUGUACUGUCUAUUCUCGCUAUCUAUGCAGGAGCACUUAAAUCUGCCUUUGCUCCACCUGAAUUCCCCGUCUGUCUGCUUGGGAACCGUACACUAUCUAGGCUAGGGUUUAGCACUUGUGCUAAGACUAUGCAGAAGGACAACAUAACUUCAGUGUCUGACUUGUGGGACUUGUUCUGUCAUCCUCUUGGGCUCCUAAAUGCUACCUGUGAUGAAUAUUUUUUUCAUAAUAAUGUUACAGAACAACCAGGCAUUCCUGGACUGAGUAGUGGCAUCAUAUCUGAGAACCUAUGGAGCAGUUACCUUCAAAAAGGGGAGAUCAUAGAAAAGGCUUCUUUACCUUCGUCUGAAGUGGUUGGGUCCCUCUCCCAUGAUUAUGUCCUGACUGAUAUUACAACAUCGUUCACCCUCCUUGUUGGCAUUUUUUUCCCAUCAGUUACAGGAAUUAUGGCUGGAUCCAAUCGCUCUGGGGACCUCAAAGAUGCUCAAAAGUCUAUCCCAAUUGGCACAAUUCUUGCCAUCCUUACCACUUCCUUAGUUUAUCUCAGUAAUGUUCUCUUGUUUGGAGCCUGCAUUGAUGGAGUAGUGCUCAGAGAUAAGUUUGGAGAUGCGGUAAAGGGAACUCUUGUAGUAGGGGCCCUCUCUUGGCCUUCCCCUUGGGUCAUAGUGAUUGGAUCAUUUUUUUCUACCUGUGGAGCUGGACUACAGAGCUUGACGGGGGCCCCACGCCUGCUUCAGGCCAUUGCCAAAGAUGGAAUCAUCCCUUUCCUGAGGGUAUUUGGUCAUGGAAAGAGUAACGGGGAACCUACUUGGGCAUUGUUGCUUACAGCUGGAAUUGCUGAGUUGGGGAUUCUCAUUGCUUCUUUGGAUUUGGUCGCACCAAUCCUGUCCAUGUUUUUCCUGAUGUGCUACCUUUUUGUGAACUUGGCUUGUGGGUUACAGACUCUUCUCCGUUCUCCGAACUGGCGGCCUCGUUUCCAGUAUUACCACUGGACAUUAUCAUUCUUAGGGAUGGCUCUUUGCUUAGCCUUAAUGUUCAUAUCAUCUUGGUAUUAUGCCCUUAUUUCCAUGGUGAUUGCUGGAAUGAUCUACAAGUACAUAGAAUAUCAUGGAGCGGAAAAAGAAUGGGGAGAUGGGAUCAGAGGUCUUUCUCUGAGUGCUGCACGCUUUGCUUUACUUAGACUGGAAGAGGGACCUCCACACACUAAAAACUGGAGGCCACAGCUCCUUGUUAUGGUAAAACUGGAUUCCGAUCUACAUGUAUCGCAGCCACACCUCCUUUCCUUUGCAUCCCAAUUGAAAGCUGGGAAAGGCCUAACUCUUGUUGGGUCUGUUUUGAUUGGGGAUUACCUGGAGAAUUAUGCAGAAGCUCUGGCAGCAGAGCAGGCAUUGAAGCAGCUGAUGGAACAAGAACGAGUGAAAGGCUUCUGUCAGGUGGUUGUAGCCCAGAAGAAAAGAGAAGGUUUGUCUCACCUUAUCCAAUCCUGUGGUCUUGGGGGAAUGAGACACAACACUGUGAUUAUGGGUUGGCCAAGUGGCUGGAGACAGAGCGAUGACUCUCGGGCAUGGAAGACAUUCAUCGCUACUGUUCGUGUCACCACAGCUGCCCGCCUAGCCCUGCUUGUGGCUAAGAAUGUGUCUCUGUUUCCUGGAUCUCGGGAUAUUCUACCAGAGGGUCACAUAGAUGUGUGGUGGAUUGUACAUGAUGGUGGAAUGUUAAUGCUGUUGCCAUUCCUCCUAAAGCAGCACAAGGUUUGGCGGAAGUGCAAGAUGCGUAUUUUCACAGUGGCUCAAAUGGAAGACAACAGCAUUCAGAUGAAGAAAGAUUUGGCCACAUUCCUAUACCAUUUACGUAUCCAAGCUGAUGUGGAGGUGGUAGAAAUGCAUGACAGUGAUAUUUCUGCCUAUACCUAUGAGCGCACACUUAUGAUGGAGCAAAGAUCACAGAUGUUGAGGCAAAUGCGCCUUUCAAAGACAGACAGGGAACGAGAGGCUCAGCUAGUGAAGGACAGAAACUCCAUGCUGCGGCUCACUAGCGUUGGCUCUGAUGAAGAUGAGGACACAGAUGCUGUUCCAUCAAGAGUACACAUGACAUGGACCAAGGAUAAACAUCAAGCCCUGCGUAUAGCCCAAAGCAAUGCAAUGCCCAGCUUUCAGGAUUUACUAAGCAUGCGCCCGGAUCAGUCUAAUGUACGGCGUAUGCACACAGCAGUAAAACUAAAUGAAGUCAUUGUCAAUAAAUCUCAUGAUGCUAAACUGGUACUAUUGAAUAUGCCUGGACCUCCACGUAACCCGCAGGGUGAUGAAAACUAUAUGGAGUUUCUUGAAGUGUUGACUGAAGGCUUGGAACGCGUACUUUUAGUAAGAGGCGGUGGAACGGAAGUCAUCACUAUAUACUCUUAAGCCGACGUCUAUGUUCUGCUUCACUCGAAGUUGAAGAAACCAAGAAUGUGUUCAAAGAGGCCAAAAGAAAAUGCAUUACUGAAACUAGAACACACCAACCAUUUAUCCAAUUCAAUCUAGGCGAACAAGAGGGAAGCCAAUGUUCCUGCAACAUGUCAAAUCCUUUUUACCGUUUAAUAAUGCCAAAAUGUUAAUGUUUGUGAUUCAAGAGCACUAUGGCAACAAAAGGGAUGGACAGAACAGUAUUUUCUUGCCCUGAACAGGGAGACCUCUAUGCACCAGCAGGUAUCAAAUGCCUGUUGAAUAUCAGUAAACAGCCCUCUUUCAAGGGAUAAAGUAUCUGAUUCACUUAUUAGGAGCAGUGUGUGCCCAUGAAGCUUUGGCCAGAGCACAGAGAUUCAUUUACUAAAGGGUAUAAUGCUUUAGCACGCCUUAAUAACUCCUGACUUGGCUGGGAGCAUGCUAACUCGUACUACCCACCACUACCUUUUCGCAAAGCUGAGCAUCAAAAAAUCAUGCCUACUUGUAUUGUCGAAAUGUUACAAUUCUCAAAAAAAAAAAAAAAAAAGUUUGUCACUUUUUAUGUUCUGAUUUAUUAUUGUCUUGUAAAAGCAGAAGUAUUACCUCUGAUAUCAAGAGGACCUGGCAGUUAAAAGGAAACACUUUACUAAUCUCCAUCCAAUGUCGGGGAGAUGAAAUAGUUCAGUGGCUUUAUAUGUAUUGUAUUUUUUCUUUUUUUUAUUUAAAUGGGAAAGUGGUAUCGGCAAGUUUUUAAUUUAUUGCUCUGACCAGCAUUCCAUGUGUUAAAUCUCUGUAAUUGUUGUUUUAAAAGUGUGAAUCAUUAUUGUACCAGUAGAAGCAGGUGCCAUUAUAGAGUCAGUCAUAGAUACACGUGAAUAGACCAGCCGUUCUGCCUCUCACCCCAGUCCCUAGAACUACAAAUGUAUCUACAACAGUUGUCAUUGUUUGUGUCAGCAUUUUUGUUUGUUGGGGGGUGAGUUAUUCUAAACAAUAAAAUGUUUUAUAUAAAAA